AUGAGUUUUAAUCUAAGAGAAUAUUUGCAACAAAAUCAUAAUGAACUCACAUGGAAAGAAAGAAUUCAAAUUAUUGAUAGUGUAAUUGACGCAGUUUUGUCUAUCCACAGAGAGAAUGCAAUUCACAGAGAUUUACAUUCUGGAAAUAUAUUAUUUGGUCAACUAAAUCAAAGCUUUUUCGUCAGUGAUCUUGGAUUUUGCGGACCAGCUAAUAAACCAUUAGAUUGCAUAUAUGGAAAUCUUUCAUAUAUAGCACCUGAAGUUAUUGUUAAAAAGAAAUAUACUUUUGCAGCUGAUAUUUAUAGUAUUGGCAUACUUAUGUGGGAAAUCUCAUCUGGACAACCACCUUUUAAUAAUAAACAUGAUUAUGAUCUUGCAAUAAAAAUAGUAAAGGGAAUGAGACCAAAAAUAAUACCAGGCACUCCUUUAGAAUAUAAAGAAUUAAUGGAACAAUGUUGGGAUGCUAAACCUACGAAAAGACCUGAUAUUUACACUCUUUAUUAUAAAAUAAAGGAUAUUUAUAGAUGGCAUUGUCAAAAUGAAAAUGAACAAAGAAUAAUUAGUAAAAUUAUGACUAUUAAUAACUCUCGAUUAAGUACAAGAUUUAAUGUAAAUUCUAGUUCUAGUGAUAGUUCCUUUUUUGGGAAUUUUAGUGUAAAUUCUAGUAAUAUGAAUAUUAGUAGUAGCGUUUAUAAUUUUGAAAAUUUACCUGAACCAAAAAAUGCAACAAAAGGUAAGAAUUUUUUAUUAUACAGUUUUACUUUUUACAAUAUAAUAUUAAUUAUUCAUUUUAUUUAUUUAAUAGAAGAACAAGAUGGUAAUUUUUAA